GAGAAAGCUUUUAGUCUUGUACAGCGAAAAAAUGAAGCACCUAAUUGCGGCAGUGGUCCUCUUGGUACUGGCCGAAUCAUCCGUACAAGCCAGUUUUUGCGACGCUUCGUUAUGUCCAGCGGGAACCAUCCACAUCGCUUGCAACGGGCUGACAUCGAUGGCACCUUCCUGCGGACCGGAAGCCUUUGAGGUUGACUUGGACACGGAUAAGCAAGUUUUGAUUCUUGAUUUGCACAAUCAGCUUCGCAGUAAGAUUGCACAGGGAUUACAGAACUACACGUCGAACCAGUACUUCCCGCAGGCUAGACGAAUGGCCACUCUGGUGUGGAGUGAUGAUCUGGCAUAUAUAGCGGCUGCUAAUGCGAGGCGAUGUGUAUUUGGUCACGAUUCUUGCCGAAACACUCCACAAUUCGUAGCUGCUGGGCAGAACAUUGCCAUCAAGUCUUACUAUGGCACGACCAUAUCGGACACUGAUCUUAUCAUUGGAUUCGUCGACGCUUGGUAUUCCGAGUAUGCCGACGCUACUCCUAGUCACAUCGCAAGCUUUCCGAGUGGCGGUCCCACUAUUGGUCACUUCACUCAGAUAGUUUCGGAUCGGACCACUGAAAUAGGAUGCUCCCUGGUUAGCUACUACACAUCACCGUGGAUCAACAAGUUAUUCGUUUGCAAUUAUGCGCUGACCAACAUCAUCAGCCAACCUGUCUAUCAAUCUGGGAAUACCUGUUCUGCGUGUACAACGGGAUGUAACGCGAUGUACCAGGGGUUGUGUAAUGAGGCCGAGGACAUUAAUCCAAAUCCAUGGUUUGCUAAGUAGUGUUGGGCUAUCCAUAGCAAAUUUCACAUUUGAAAAAUUGUGGAUGAAUAAAUUUCAUGCAGAUA